AUGACCAAGUCAAACAUAGUGCGAGUCUUUGUGAUAAGACACGGCCAAACAGACCACAACCUCCAAAAGAUCCUCCAGGGCCAACUAGACACGCCCAUGAACGCAACCGGCCACCAACAAUCGCAAGCGCUAGGCCAGCGUUUUUCAACCAUCCCCAUCGACCAUUUCGUCACGUCGGACUUGCAACGAUGUCAAGAAACGCUCAAGUACAUCACGCAGCACCAGAAAUCGCCCCUGGUUAAAGUCACCCCCAACUUGCGCGAGCGGGACAUGGGCAAAGUACAGGGGAUGUACUUGAAGGACGCCUUGGAACAGUAUGGUCCGCAGUUUCGCAACUACGGCGAGAAGGAAGAGAGCCUAUGUCGUCGCGUCAGCUUGGAGUUGAAGGAAAUUGUCGAAGAUGCCAAUCACGAGAAUGUGAUUAUGUGUACUCAUGGCGGAGUCAUUACGCGGUUUUUCAAUUAUUUGCAUUCGGAGUUGGGGUAUGAGUUGAACGAGGGCUUGUCUGCUAAGGACUUGCGAGUGCCCUUCAACACUUCGAUCUCGAUUUUUGACGUCGAUAGAAGCACGGGCAAAGGGGUCAUUCAACUGUUUGGGAACACGGCGCAUCUUGGAGGCGAUUUCAAAGUCGAUGAUCAGUUAUUGAGAUGA